AUGCCUCCGGCUCAUCGCGGACCCACAGCUUCGCCCAUGGACAGGUGGACAGAUGCAUCUCCCAGCGCUAUUGCUAGCGGCUUCCAGACCGCCAUGUCGCUUGGUCCUCAGCCACGCCUCGAUUUCACCAUGCCCCCUUCUGGUCUUUCUCAAAACGUGACUUCGGCCAGUUUCAACACCGAUGACGAGGAGGACUUUGACGAUGACGAAGACGGAGAUGGCGCUUCACCUGCCAAUGCCACCGGCAAGAAAGGCAAAGGGCCAAAAGGCAAGAAAAGCGCUGCUGCUAACAAAAGCAAAGACACAAAAGCUGCUCAACACAGGAAGGAGCAGAACAGAGCCGCUCAGCGAGAAUUUCGUCAACGCAAACAGCAAUACAUCCGCGCACUCGAGGCCAGAGUCGAGCUUCUCUCUUCCGACCACGAUACCCAAGUCAAUCGUCUUCGAUUCGCUUUGCGUCACUUGCUCGCUGAAAACAACGCUCUUCGUGCCAUCGUCACCAGUCUCGCUCACUUCAUCGGCAAGCGCAGCAUUGGAGGUUGUCUUGUAGAAGCAGGCAUGACCAGGGAAAUGCUCGAGGCUACCAUGAGCUCUUCUAGCGAAAAAGUCAUGUCCGAAGCAUGGGCCAACUGGCCAGAUGCAGGCGAAUGUGAAGCGCUCAAAGAGAUUCGCAAGGAGAGCAACAUUCCUAUCGAGGGUCUUCCAGAGAGCAAGCUCACCAACUACUUCCGCGACAUGAACAACGGCAGCAGUAGCAGCAACACAAAGAACGCCAGCGCUGACGCUGAGACAGAAGUAUCGACUGGAGGAAAGAAGAAGAGGACUAUCGACGAACUCAAUGGUAAAGACGCUAAGCGCACACGCAAGACCGACGACACGCAAAAGUCAAAUGGAGCUGGUGCGGCCAAUACUGCGACAGCAUCUUCCACGCAAAGCAGUCCAGCCGCUCGUCAGGAAGCUGCCAGCGGCAGCGAUAGCUUCAACUUUGUCUCUUCGCCUCAGAGGAUGCCCGCGAAUGAUCCCAACCAAACCUGGCAGCAGCAACAACAGCAGCAACAGCAGCAGCAACAGCAGCAGCAGCAAAUGCAGCAAAUGCAAUAUCCACUGCCAACACAGUUCUGGCAACCGUCUGAAUCUCUCAUCCGCCAGGGUCGCAACGAUGUCGACUCCAUGUUUGCUCAAACGCUCCUCGGAGGCGGCAACGCUGACUUUGCCAGCUUCACUUCCAUGUUUCCUGGUGGCGGGAUGAACCAGAACCUCUUUUCGCAGCAAGGUUCCGCGUCAUUCAGCGGUCUUGUUCCCAAUAACAACAACAACGGCGGUGCAACAGGUCAAACACCAGACAUGAGCUAUCUCGGUUUCGGUGCAACACCUCCAAGUUUCGGCCUGCCAGACAAUUCAUCCUCAUACUCCGCAGCGAUGCCUUCGACUUUCAACAGCCAAGUAUUGCCCACUGCGAAAACCAGCGGCCUCGAUAUUGCUCUCAUCCCUUGCACCGUCCGAGCUUCCCCUGAGCUCUUGCAACUCCAUCGAAGACGCUUUGCACGUGUCAUCUCUCAAGUCAACCGUAUAUGGGCCAAACGAGGUGCAGAUGCCUUCUACAACACCCCGGUCGACUAUCAGAUCGAUGACAGCGAUAUGAAGUUCUUAGAAGAGCGAGAGACAACCGACCCUCACAUCAAGCUAGCCAACAUCCAACUACCCAACAACUGGGAUGAAGGAGACCUCAGAAAGCGCGCACAAUCCAAAGAAGCAAAGGACAACUUUGACAUGGAGAAAAAGAUCGAAGCGAUUCUACUCCUUCGCUAUCACAGCACCAACCACCACAUUAAUCCGAACUACGUCCUCCCCCCAAUCCUCAAACCUACACCAUUACAGCUCUCGACACCACACGAUAUUGGGAUUGACAUCAUACCCUGGGCGUCGAUUCGCGAUAAGAUGAUUCAGAUGAACAACAUCGAUCUGCACAACCUGUUGAUUGAUCUGUCCCGCUUCAUGUCGCCGGAAGGAGCCGAUGUGAAUUCGGAAAGGUCUUGGAUUUUGACAUGGCCAUUUUUCAUUAGGUAUCCCCAGCUAGCGGAUGCGGAUUUGUUGGAGAACAUGAAUAGGCAGAGAGUCUUGAGAGGUGAGGAGAAAGUGACGAUGGAUGAUGUUUGGAAGGAGCAUCAGAAGUUUACUAAGUUCACGCAGGCUAAGCUGAAAGAGAUCAGCUAG